AUGGCCGACCAUCAUGACGCUUCCAUUACAGCCGUCUUCCAGAUCACCAUCAAUCUUCCACACGAACCGUACAAAACACAGGUCAUGAUGUCGACCCAAGAGCAGGUCCAGGACUUGCGCCAGUCCAUCGUGGAACAACCUCAGACCUUCCAGUACUCCUGCUUCCACCUCGAGCACAAGGGAGAGCGGAUCAACGACUUCAUCGAGCUUUCCGAGGUUCCCGGCCUGAGCCCUGAUUCAGAGCUAACACUGGUGGAAGACCCCUACACAGAGAAAGAUGCUCGUAUGCAUGUGGUUAGAGUCAGGGAGCUCAUAGGGGCAGCCGGAGACCGCACCGACACGCUGCAUGGCGUCCUAGCGGGGCUGUCCUUGCACGACAGCGUCGGGUCGGAGAUCGUGGAGGCAUCCGUCACCAAUGAUACAAGCCCAGCAGCUCCCCAAGGGCCCGUCAUGGGAGACUAUGAUUUUGAAGCUCUGGGAUCGGUGAAACACCUUUUACCACCAGCCCCCGAGACCCCUCCGAAGACGUUGAAGUCUAUAGCGGUGUCCCCGUGGAACCCACCACCAUACCAUCUACGCGCCAAGGGACACCUCCUCUAUCUUCAAAUCACUGCUCAUGUUGGAGGGUUCUACGUCAACAAGUCCUCGAACAGCAAAUUCGACCCAUUCCCAAGGCCGCCACCCAAAUAUUUCGCCGCGCAUUCGCUGCUUAAUCUCAUCCCCCAAAUAUCUCCUUCUUUCGACGCUGCCUUCAAGGCGCUACUGGAGCUGAACGCGAAGAAAGACCUCCUGACCAUCUUCCAAUUGUCGAAUGCUAUCCCAGCCAACCCGUGGAUGUCGGAUAUUGCACGAACACAGGAGAGCUAUUUAAUAUCGGGAUUGGAAAACACCGACACCCUUCGUGACUGGAACGAGGAGUUCCAAUCAACUAGGGAGAUGGCCAAGGAGGCCGUCCAGGACCGUGUUUUCCGUGAACGUCUGACCUCCAAGUUGUUCGCAGAUUACAACGAUGCCGCUACCCGCGGAGCUAUGCUUGUUGCGCGCGGUGAGGUGGCCCCUCUCAACCCCACCGAAAGUAGAGACGCCCAAAUAUUCGUCUACAACAACAUCUUCUUCUCUUUCGGUGCCGACGGCGUUGGUACGUUCGCGACUGAUGGUGGCGAUGAGGCUGCCCGGGUGGCCACAGGCAAGGAUGUUACGGGUGUGCGUGUUGUCAACAACCUCGACAUCCAGGGUCUGUUCACACCAGGCACUGUUGUUGUGGACUAUCUUGGUAAACGCAUCGUGGGUCAGAGCAUUGUGCCAGGCAUAUUCAAGCAGCGAGAGCCUGGAGAGCACCAGAUUGACUACGGAGGGGUCGAGGGCAAAGACGUCGUCGCAGAGGACGCCGCUUUCGUCCCGCUAUUUGAAAAGCUCUCUAAGCUUCUGCAUGUCAAGAAGCACCCUGUCUGGGACAAGGAAGAUGUGCGACACGAGCUGGAGGGCAGUGUGGAAACCAAAGGGCUCAUUGGAACUGACGGUAGGAAAUACGCCCUUGACCUGUACCGGGUGACCCCUCUUGAUGUUUCCUGGAUCGAACAAUACUGGAGCGAACCUCCAAAGGACGACAGCGCCAAACCCAAGGAAAGCGAUUAUCCGCAUCGUAUGGCUGUGCUGCGGCCCGAGUUGGUAGAGUCAUUCUCCAGGGUCAGGCUACGGGACUAUAUCAAGGAGGAGCUAGCUAAGAAGGCUGAAUUAACCAAGGGAACUUCCGAAACACCAGAAGCUUCGCAGUCGAACGGCGAGAAAGCAGAGGAAGGCGCUGUCACCAAUAAGGAUUCCGAAAAUCAAGAGGAUGGCGGAGAGAAGGAAGCAGAGCAAGAGCGCGUAGACAUCAGCGGCUUCCAAUUCGCACUCAACCCAGACGUUUUCUGCGGCCAAAAGCCGCAAUCAGACGAAGACAAGGAGGAGUGGGCCAAGGACGAAGCGGAGGUACGUGCAGCAUGUGGCCACCUUCUGUCAGAGGUCAUCCCACGUCUCGUCCACGAGCUUCAAGAAGGAGAGGUCGGCUUCCCUAUGGAUGGUGCUUCGCUGAGUACUCUGCUUCACAAGCGUGGUAUCAACAUUCGCUACUUAGGGAAGCUUGCUACCUUGGCUGAUAAAGAGGAUGCGAGACUUCAAGCUUUGAAGCGCUUGUCAGUACAGGAAAUGAUUUCUCGAGGAUUCAAGCAUGUUGCAAAUCGGUUGAUGAGGCAUUUGCCCGUUCCUUUUGCCGCUUCUUGCAUGACACAUCUGUUGAACUGCCUUCUUGGAGAAAGGCUGAACGGAAAGCCAGUUCCUGAGCUUGAUGACUCGCUCAAGGCCAUGUACCCCGAAGGCGACUUUAGCUUUGAGAAAGUAUCUCCUGCUACUCUGAAAAAAGAGAUCACCUCUCAAGUUGCGCUAAGAUAUCGAUUCGAUCUUGGAAACAACUGGAUUGAACAUGACAGGUAUCUGCAACUGCUUCGCGAAGUCUCCUUGAAACUCGGUCUGCAGUUAGAAGGUAAAGAGUAUGUUUUUGUCAAAGAGCAGCAUACAAACGGAGCAUCGCAUACAGAUGGCAACGCUCUGGCACCGACAAAUGGGCAGACCAACGGAUCAAGCAAAAAGAAGAAGAAACAUACCUCUCCUCCUAGGGCAGCUAGCCCUGCGGUGACAGCACCAUUGCUGACGUUCCAUGCUGACGACAUCUUGAACAUUGUCCCAGUCGUCAAAGAGGCAUCACCAAAGAGUAUGCUUGCAGAAGAAGCACUCGAUGCCGGUCGACUCUCCAUGGCACAAGACCAAAAGGAACUUGGCCAAGAGCUUCUCCUCGAAUCGUUGUCGCUACACGAACAAAUAUACGGUGUCUUGCACCCUGAAGUCGCUAGGGCAUAUCACCAACUGUCCAAUCUUCUGUAUACUCUUGAAGAGAAGAACGCAGCCGUUGAGCUAGCACACAAAGCAGUCAUUGUCUCAGAGCGUACCUUGGGCAUCGAUCAUGCUGAGACUGUGCUCUGUUAUCUCAAUCUCGGCUUGUUUGAGCAUGCAACCGGCAACACUAAGGCUGCUCUCCAUUACGUCCGACACGCCCUCGAGCUGUGGAAAAUCAUCUACGGUCCCAACCACCCUGAUUCUAUCACUACCAUUAACAACGCCGCUGUGAUGCUUCAAUCGAUGAAGCAGUACCACGAAUCUCGAUUGUGGUUCGAGGCUUCCCUCGCUAUCUGCGAACAAGUUUCCGGAAAGCAGUCCAUCAAUACCGCAACGCUAUUGUUCCAGCUUUCUCAGGCGCUGGCGCUGGACAAGGAUAUGCGCGGUGCUGCAAACCGCAUGAGAGAGUCUUACAAAAUCUUCAACGCGGUGCUCGGUUCCGAAGAUCGAAACACGAAGGAAGCUGGACAGUGGCUUGAACAGUUCACGCAGACCGCCGUUACCCAAGCGAAGCAAUUGCAGGAUCUGGCUAAGGGAAAGGUCAGACGCGUGCAACUGAACACUCGAGGGACACUUCGUCCGCAGCCCCAGGUUGGUCAGACAAGCGCCCAGGCAGACGGACGAGAAGCGCGAAGUGUCCCGAGUCAAUUCCGCGAUCAGAGGAGUGUCGAAGAAUUGUUGAAAUAUAUUGAGGGUGGAGAUUCACCAAAAAAAUCAACCCCGAAGAAGCAGACAGCAAACCCGAAACGCAGGGCACAAAAAGCGGAUGACUUGUAAGCGUAGAUGGGCAAGUAUUACAUUGGAGAAAAAGGGAAACCAAUGUCAAUCGCACAAAUGCCUUUGACUCGUUCCGAUUCCUCUAGCAGUUCUCCUACCUUCGUACAUAUGCAUCUCCAAUCACUGUACAAUGUUGUAUUAGUACUUUCUGUCGUCUGGAUGGUUUCUUGGCUGCAUUUUGGAGUCGACAUCGUGGGGAACGAUUGGGAGAGGCGGGCAAAACGUGGGCUAGAUCUCCAGGGCGGAAGAUCAAGUUGAAUUGGAACUCUCCAAUCAUGUAUAAUACCUGUGCUCUCUUUCUCCACCAUUAGAUUUAGGUGGUAGCGUGUUGUCAAACCUCUGGAAAUAUCAUGCAAUGAUGCUGUACCGUAACCUCUUCAAGACGCUGCGCACAUAUGAGGCCACUAGCUAUCGGUUCUCCUAGAUCUCCUGGCUGAAUCCAUAUCGCGAGAGUGAUUACAGUAUCC